AGACGCCCCUGCUAGCACCAACAAUUCAUCUGUGCACUGGCGUGUGCAUGUUUGCAAAUCAAAAAAGGCUCUCAUAUUUGGAAUCUUUUAAAUCAUUGUAAUGCGAGGCUUGUGUUAAAACCGCGUGACCAUCAUUAUCUGUAGAUGCAACGUGUAACCAUUUUUGUAAACGGAACGAAACAAAAAUGCGAUAUUUUUAAUAAAUAAUUUAUAAUUAUUUCAUAUUGAAGCCCAAUAUGUGAUCACAUGAAAUCAUCAUUAUCGUUUUUUCCCCUCCUGUUUUCACAGCUGGGGCGGAAACGAUGGUGAUGCGUCAGCUCGACGUGGUUUUCCUCUAUCUGCUUCUGUCUUUUUCGUUAUUUUUUAGACUGACUCAUGGUUAUGAUGCUGGCGUCAUGACGGAUAAUAACAACAAAGCGGUCGGCGGCAGCAGCACGUCGGGACUGGAGCAUCAGUACAGAAGCAUGCAAUAAUGGCCAGCCAUGAUCCACUGUAGUGCUGGUCAGGAAGAUGACAGAGAGAGGAAACCAUGGAGAAAUACCUUCCCAAAUAUGUCCCAUUCUUCACUCUGCUGGCUCUGUCAGGACUCUUAUUCCUGCUGUGGAAUAUCACCUCAUUGGAAAGCUGGAACUGUCAGACAGCAUCUACCUUCUAUCAGCUUCAGAACAGCAUCCAGUCAGUCUUGAAGACCUCUGAAUUUCUUCUACCGGUGGAGUUUAACUACUCCUUCUGUGCCCACCUCGGCCAGGAGCCCACUGCAGAGGAAGCCAGGGAGGAGAGCUAUCUUCUCAAAUCCAUCGCCUGGCCAGAGCCGUUGGUCCUGGGACUGCCGUUACGUCAAAGUAGUGAUCCUGCACAGAGCUAUUAUAUAAUUGAAGACCCUGGAGACCUGCAGGUGGGUGGGCAACUGAUAGUGAAGGUGCAGAUGCACAACUUUUUGGGUCAGCCCAAAAAACACGGAGGAGACUUUCUAGUUGCGCGACUUCACACGCCAGAACUGGCGGCAGGUGUGGCUGGCCAGGUACAUGACCACAACAAUGGAAACUACACAGUAUUUUUCCCGCUGCUUUGGGCAGGUGUUGCCCAGGUGGAACUGACCAUGAUUCACUCCAGCGAAGCCGUGAUGGUCCUCAGGCGAUUGAGAGCGGAACAGUCGGACCGAGUGUUCUUCAAGAGCCUCUUCCGUUCAAGGUACCUCUCUGAGACCACUCUGUGUAAUCUGUGUUUGCCGCACAAACAGCAGCCGCUUUGCAACUACACAGACCCCCAGACCGGAGAACCCUGGUUCUGUUAUAAGCCCAAGAUGUUGGACUGUGAUACACGGAUUAACCACUCAAAAGGGGGGUAUAAGAAACACCUUCUCACUGUUUAUGAGUCACAGUUCUUCCAAAGUGGAGUAAAUAUCAAAAUUCCAAUACAUUCUGCAGGGGUGGACAAUGUGACUGUUCAACCUGCUAAAGUACAAACCAAAGGGAUGCACCUUGAAUUCACUCCUUCUGGGUACUACUACCAGGGAUCAUGGAGACCUUUGAGUGGUGUCGUCAUGCGUCAGUUUAAUGGCUCUUCAGUCAUAACACAGUGUCUUCGAGGGAAAAUGGUAUACAUGUAUGGAGACUCGACUGUGCGACAGUGGUAUGAGUAUCUCACUUCCCAUGUUCCAGAGUUUAAGGAAUUCAACUUUCAUAGCCCGAAGAAUGUUGGCCCGUACAUGGCAGUGGAAAGCAAUCACAACAUAUUAUUAAGAUACCACUGCCACGGGCCACCAAUCCGCUUCACAACCGUGUCCUCGGCUGAGAUGCACUACAUCUCAAAUGAGCUGGAUGGCUUACGAGGGGGCUUGGACACGGUGGUCCUGAUUAGCAUCUGGUCGCAUUUCAGCACUUUCCCAGUGCAAGUGUACAUACGGCGCCUGCGCCACAUCCGCAGGGCGGUGAUCCGACUGCUGAACCGAGAACCAGCAACUUUGGUGCUGAUCCGCACAGCCAAUCUCCAGAAACUGGACCCAGAGUCCAGCUUGUUCAACAGCGACUGGUUCUCCCAACAGCUUGACAGAGUGCUCCGAGCUAUGUUUAAAGGUCUGAAUGUCCAGCUGGUGGACGCCUGGGAGAUGACACUCGCCCACCAUCACCCUCAUCAGCUACACCCUCCACCUGAAAUUAUAUCAAACAUGGUUAACUUCAUCCUAUCACACAUCUGUCCAGUGAGGAGAAAGAGAAGGCGGGGCUAAACUUCUCAAGCAGUAUCUUAAAGGGAUAGUUCACCCAAAUAGGAAAAUUUGAUGUUUAUCUACUUAUCCCAAGGGCAUCCAAGGCUGCAUUUACACUUGGCAUUAACAUGCGACCUGUAUCCGGAUGUUGUCCACAUACGCAUUGAAAAGACAAGUGUAAACGCACUUCUGAUUGGAAUGUUAUCCGAUCAGCGUGUCCUGUUCCAGAGGUAGUCGAGGACACACUGUGAUCGGAUCUCAGUGUAAUGUAAACACAAUCCAGCCAUCGUGUCUGCAUUCGCAGGUUGACAUCAUGCAAAACGCUGCCCCUCUCUCGUGAACUGUCAGAAAAAAAGACAGAGAACACCCGUGUGGAGACUACUACACUUAUCUUUGAUUUGUAAAAUGUCCCGCAACUGAAAAUGCUUUUCAAAAGAAAACCCACCACUUCAGGUUGUCUUUGCAACCGGCCAUUCUCUGCAGACUUAAAUAUUGUGCCGGAAAGACAGAUUCGAUCGGUUAUAGAAAAGUCAGUUGAUGUUGCCAAGUAUAAACGCGCCGUGUUCUGAUUGACUGAUCUGCUUGAUCGGAUCACGGUGAUCACAUGUUAAUACCAAGUGUAAACGCAGCCCAAGAUGUAGGUGACUUUGUUUCUUCAGUAGAACACAAAUCAAGAUUUUUAACUCAAACCGUUGCAGUCUAUCUGUCAUGACUCCUGACCCGGUGUUUCUCCCUCUCAUCACCAGAGAUAUUUGUGUCGUAUCCCUGUUUCUGUUCCGUUUUCAGGAUUUACAUUACUCUAUUUUUUUCUCCUUCGGGGUGGUUUCAGUUGUGUUUUUUGUCUACUUUUGUGACUUGUAAUUAAAGACCUGCAUUUGGACCCAGACCCUUGUUUACAUGGUGUGUUCACUUACAGAAUAAUCCUGCCACACAUGGGUCCAGCAGGGAAGUUCCUCAGUGUCCGCCAGGGAGACCGGUGCAUUGAGGAUUACGCCAGGGACUUCGUGGGAGUGGCUCGCCAGUCGGCUACGGAAAAGACCUGAUUAAUGGGGAGGCCUAGCCGAGCCCUUUAAAUCCCUUAUGCCAUACUGGCACCCAGAGGAGGUGCUGGAUGACUAUAUUAACCUGGCUCUGCAGUUGAGCAGCUCAGCCGUCAGAGUGGAGUUAGAACUCACAGUUCUCCUGAAGCGGCAAUCCAAGUGUCAGCAAUCAGAGGCCUCGUCUGCCGCACCCAGUACCUCACGCCCGUUCCUGGAGCGUCACAGGCUGAUACGCAGCGUGCAGGAACCCCCGCUGAUGUUGGUGCGAGCAACGUGGUCUGCUCGCAAAGGCCCCGAGGUAACGGUGCCCACUCAUCAUUCCCCCAAGGUGGGGGUGCCUACUAGUAAUGCUCCAAAAGUGUUGGGGCUUGCUUCCGGCCUUCCUGAAGCAGCGGGGCUUGCUUCCGGCCUUCACAAAGCAGCGGAGCCCGCUGAUGAUCCCUCCGAGGCGGCAGGGCUUACUUCAGGCUUUCACGAAGUGGUGGACCCCGCUGAUGAUCCCUCCGAGGCGGCAGGGCUUACUUCAGGCCUUCACGAAGUGGUGGAGCCCGCUGAUGAUCCUUUCAAGGUGGCGGGGCUCACUUCUGGCCUUCACGAAGUGGCGGAGCCCACUGAUGAUCCCUCCGAGGUGGCGGGGCUCGCUCCCGGCCUUCAUGAAGCGGCGGAGCCCACUGAUGUUCCCUCUGAAGCGGUGGGCCUCGCUUCAGGCCUUCCCGAAGUGGCGGAUUCCACUCACAGUUCCCCGAGGCGGCGGUGUCCGUUCACAAAGCUCCAGAAGCGCCGGCGCCCACUCACGGUUCCCCCGACGUGGUGGUGUCUGCUCACAGUCCCCCUGAGGCGGCGGUGCCCGCUCAUAAAGCUCCAUAAGCACCAGCGCCUGCUCACAGUCCCCCCGAGGCAGUGGUGUCCGCUCACGAUCUUUCCAAGGCGGCGGAGUCCACUCACCAGGCUCCCGAGGCUGCGGGGUACACCAUUGCCCGUUCCAAGGUGGCAGCUCCACACACACCGCUGUGGUGGCUGCUGGUUCUGCCCGGGGUCCCCAUCCCGCCGGCUCUGCCUCAGUCCCCCUCCAGCACACGGACCUUAGUUGUUGAAUGUUGACUGAUGCAAGCACUAAGUGGUGGUAUUUGUGUCGCAUCCCUGUUUCUGUUCCGUUUUCAGGAUUUGGUUUCAGUUGUGUUUUUUGUUUACUUUUGUGACUUCUAAAUAAAGACCUGCAUUUGGACCCAGA